AUGCUCUUUCGAUUUUUGCUUAUUUUCGGUACGUUUCACCGGAUUUUUUGCACCCAAAAAAAUUGUUGCGCGCUGUCUUGCACGAAAAUCAUUAUUAUCCCAAUUUUCCCGCGCCACAAACUGGUUUCCGACCGAAUCCACCCCAUCUCCGACGCGUUCUUCUUAUAAUUUUGUUCCGCUUCUUCUCCUCCUCUCAAUCGUAAUAAUGAUCUCGAUUCGUUUACUUCUAGAACUCGCCAUCAUGUGGACUAUGGUACAAACCGACCACGAGGAAAUCGAGAAGGCCGAGGCCAUGAACACGAUGGCCGGCGUCAAGUACACUAUCGAUCACACCUGGGAUGGUCUGCCGCUGGCUCAUGACCCGAUUAAAGUGCGUUUUCCGCACCUGAUUUUGAAGAUUUACAAUAUUUUGUUGCAGAUUGAGCUUAAAUGGCACUUCGAGCGACUUGUGGGACGUCCACACAAGCGAGUCGUCAAAAUAUCGUUUGAUGUGAGUGAAAACUUCACUUCAGAGCCUUCUUAAUUUUUUGAUUUUAGGCCCCAUUUUUCGAUGAUCCAGAGCCAAUGGACGCCCCAGGCAUAACACCACAGGUAAAAUUUUGACUUUAUCAGAAUUGGAGAAAAGUUUCCAAUUUUUAGUUGUGGGACUACGAAGUGCUCGAAUUCUUCUUCGCCAACGACCGGGGGCAGUAUCUGGAGGUCGAGAUCGGACCGCACGGGCACUGGCUUUGUCUGCUCUUCGACGGAGUUCGUCAUCCCAUCAACAACGGUAAAAUUUCAGGGAAAUCAUUGAAAAUCAAUGAAAACCGAUUUUCAGGAGAAGAACUCGAGCUGGAAGUGCGGAACAAAUGGGUCGGCGAUCGUUGGGUAGGAGAAGUUGAGAUCCCGCUAGCCUACUUCCCAGCCAGUACGUUUUUUUGUUGAAUAUUUUCGGAUUUUAGUAAAAACUGUCAUUUUUCUUCCAGAAGUGACCAAGUUCAACGCCUACCAUAUCCACGGAAACGACACAGAGCGGGUAUACGCUGCCCUGAGCCCAGUCACAGAUGGAACCUUCUCGGUAGGACUUUUUUGACAUUUUUAAAAACUAGUUGGAAAACCAACAAAAUAAUUGGUCUAAUGGUGCUGAACAUAGCCUUCCUUACGCAUUUUUCAUCACUUUUCCGCCCGAAACUUUCAAUCAGCCGUCUGUUGCUGCCGAUCAUCACCCACUCACUUUUCCUCUCGUUUCCCGCCCGUCUCCACAUUUUUAAAACUCUCGUUUCGCCCAUAACACUUUGUUUGAUUGGCACAACUCGAGAACUGUAUAAAAAUGCGAUUUUGCAGCGGUUUUCAUUCGGUCGCGGUCAAAAAGAUGAGUGGAAAGGGAUAGAAUGGGAAAAGUGAUGUUUCACAUGAUAAAAGCAUGAUGAAGUCGGCGAAAAGAAACAUUUUAAACUGUAAAGUUGUUUUUCCGGACAAUAUUAGGCUUUCAUUCGGAAAAUGUCCGAAAGUUGCACGAUUCUAUUAGUUUUUGAAAUAAAAAAUCAAAGUUCAUCGAAAAACCUAUUUUUCCCUCACAAAACAUUCCAAACUCAUUCCGCUCGCCGUCUGCCGUCUCCACUAGCCUAUGACAUGUCCCGCCCACUGUCCACAGCGGGGAUAGCGGAGUGCGGAACCCGCGAGACGUCCGUACACACGCAGAAUGACCCCCCGCAGUGGUGGACCGAUUGUAAUUCAAAUUUCUUACCGGGCCUUACUAAAGACCCCAAGUACAAUUUUUGCAACCCUGUCCAUCCGGGCGGGGUAAAAAAGUCGGAAACCUCGUGGAGGCGAGAUGAUUGACAGAUAAGCAUUGAAGGGCGUUGUUUGAGAGAGAAUUGAUGAGAAAUUAGUUUUGAUGGGGAAAACGAAUGGUUUCACGUGAAACCUCGCGUAAAUGAACUCUGAACUUCGAGAAAAGUGAGAUCAAUGGGUCCAAAUAAACUUCGAAUUGAAACCCACAUGAUGAUGGCCAUUAGAGCCGAAAAAACGACGAUGCAGCAUCUCCUUCCCCAACAUAAACAUACGAAGCACAAACCUGCCUAACUUUAAUGUUUUAGGAGCCCGACUUCCAUCGGCUGCAGUUCUUCCAACGCAUCAACAUCCGACGCGUGAUCCCAGAUGGAUACGGAGACCGCCCGUUCGCCGAUUUCAAGUACGGAGAUCUCUGGGCCGGACACUAUUGA